UCCAACAUCAGCUUCAAGGAUUACUUCUUCAUCAGUGCCUGUAUCCUCAUCUUCUAAUUUGGUGCUCGAGGGUAUUAAAGCAGCUUCUAUGAUGUCCUAUCCAGCUGUUGGUGACAUGGAAUUGUCUGUUUUCAAUUCACUGAUGAACGAAGUUGUCACCACACCUGUUCAGACAGUUACUCAUGUCCCAAAAUCAGUUAGACCACUUCUAAGUGUGGUUUUAGCUAAAGAAUUACGGUGUGCUUGUGAGGGUGGCCUGUGGGGCUUUGCUCGCCUCUUCAUGCUGGCCAAAGCUACCCUUCGCUGUCCUCCUCGUGGUGGGAGAAAGAAAAGGUACGUUGUAAAGGAAAUUUUGUCUUCUCGCCUUCAACGUUGGUUGGAUGGAGAUAUUCUAUCACUGUGGCUGGAUGUCAAGGCUGAGACUAACCCUUGCCAUGUUUCAUUGAAUUCCUCAAAUACCGCUACCACAAAUACUCGAAGAUCAUUGAGAUUGGCUUCAGAAGGUCGAUACAGUGAUGCACUUCAGGCUUUGGGUUCACGAGGUUGUGCCUCUCAUGACAGCAGUGAAGCUUUAGAAGAGUUGGCAAAUCGACAUCCAGUUCACGAUCUUCCUGCUUGGCUAGAGGAAGUCCCACCUUCACUAGUUGUGGACUCUCAGGAGGUUAUUUCUGCAUUGGAAGCAUUUCCCAAUGGCUCAAGUCCCGGUUAUUCUCAUCUUCGAAAGCGCAGUCCUGUUUAG